CGACAGAACUAUGUCCCUUUCAGGCAAGUGCACUAGUUACUAAGGUAGGUAACUCACGUCAAGUGCAAGGCACUCAGUCAUCUUGUCAAGGCAGCCCGCAAGGCGUUAAGUUAGAGCCUCCCUUUCACCCAACUCUUUCACAGCCCCAAGUUAACAUCGGGCCCUUUCUUUCAAUCUCGAAUACACGUCAUCUCAUCAUAUAAUCGUCUUGGAUAAGAGCACUGUAUAUUGCUGCUGGAAAUAUGGUCCGAACCCCUUAUUACGGCGGCAAUCAUCCGCCUCCCCUAUUCAUCGCUGAGCUCGACAGCGAGCCAGGACGUCCCGGUGAUGCCCCAUCUCAUCAUAGGCCAGAUGGAACACCCGUGUUCGAGAUGAGCGGCGAGCCAGUGCUUCCGCAGCAUGGUCAAGAUGGAAAUCAAUCUAGUACUUCUCAUAAUGGCCCGUCGUCCCUCCAUUCUCCGGGUGCGUCCAAACCAACACAACAAGGCCAAGAGGACCAGAACAAGCAAAGCAAAGAUACACCCACUGCAUCCCAAUCUGUCAUGGCCAAUCCCUGGGCAUACUUCGGACCCGAAUCUUCGGAUGGUAAGCCAAAAGAGACGCAACGACCCCAGACAGACAACCGCCAGCCAUCGGAGCCAGUGUACAGACCCUAUCCUGGCGAUAGCAAUGACAGCCCCCCAGAGGUUCCUCAUGGCACACGGCCGUCCACCAAUCCUUCAAGCCCAGUCCUCAAGAAUGAGGACCAUGCCUUCUAUCCUGCUCCGUUGAAGCUUGCCCAUCGUCCUGCCAAUGCAACUUCCCCUCCUGCCUUCAAGGCGUAUGUUCCUCCAGUGGCCCAGGCUUCAUCUGAUUUGGAACUCAAGCCUUUAGGCCGGCCUGAUAGGACCGACUCGCAGUCCCCGACGGCUCUAAAUGCAUAUCGACCAUAUAGACCACAUUCGACUCAGCCUCCUGCUUCACCUGUACUAACAUCCAAUACACAUCCUGCCACUUCGUCCCCUGAUCAGAAUGUCCCUCUUGCAUCACCUCCAAGCCCCCCGGAACAGCAAUCGCCCGGGACAGUUUCCCACCAAAUCACCUCCACAACAUCUCCGAGCCACACUCCAAACCCUCCAGCUUCGGGUGCCACCCUACCAAAGCCGGCUACCAGUCUUCCUACCUCCCCGAAGCCUCAGACGCAACCACAGUAUGGCAUCCCUAACGCGGCUCCAACUCAACCGGUGCCUCCAUCUACGUCGACCUAUCUUCCCUCGCCUGUGACCCCCUCAGUCCAGUUAUCCUCAGUCGUUUCUUCGCCAGCAACUCCUGCGACGAAUGCUGGAAUUCCCUUCACUCAGCCACAAUAUGCUGCUCACGUUGCUGUCCCGACGUACGCCCAGGCACCUUCAUCAGUGACAUCACCAGGUCCAUCUCAUCAUACUGGAGUGCCAUUUGCACAGCCGCAAUAUGGUACUCCGGUUCAAGCACAUAACUUUGGAUUAAGCCAUACCAACACAACCGUUGCACAAGCCCCGGCAUCUGUUAUGCCCACUUCGGCCAGUAACUUGUCACAAUCCACUCCGGCUCAGUUCAACUAUCGUGUGCAGCAGCCAACUUAUUCAACUCCAAUAGAACCAGUACAAAACACUUUAAAUCAAGCAUCCGCUCACCCACCCACACUUUAUCAACAACCAAUUGCUCCCGGGCCCAAUGUACAACAAACACCUGUGCAACAACCGAACACGAGACCGUAUGGUACACCGGUGCCGACAGUGAUCCCACAAUCACCCCCACCUCCAUAUGCGGCUCCGGACACCAGCUUUGGAGCUGGAUCACAACAAUCUGGACCAGCAAAUCCCACGAUUUAUCAACCAUCUCCAACCGGGCCUUAUCCUCCUCAGCCUCAGUAUUCAACCCAACCUACCUACGCUCCGACUACAAGUCCCCCCUUGCCAAAUCACCCGGGAAAUAGCCUACAACCCCCAGCGCUCCCUCCCAGGCCAUCUUCAUCGCAAGGCUUCGCUCCCACAUCAGGCUUCGGUUCAGGUCCUGCUGGUUAUAACCCUGCCAACUAUCCCCGUCCGCCACAAACAUAUUUCGCACCUCCUCCUGCGCUGCCACCACGGCCUGGCCUUGGAAAGCUAGCUGGUGGCGGAGGGAAGUUAUUUGGCAGCAGCUCCGCAGAUAAAUGGCUAAAGAAGACGGGCCAGGUAUUGGAAAGCACGUUGGCACCAUAUCUUCAAGGACAAUCAGGGCAAUCGGCAUCAUAUCGACCGGGCUCCAACGGUUUGCAAGGACAACAGGGACAACCGAUGCAGCAGGCACCAGGCCAGUAUCCCCCCCAAGGCCACCAUUUCCAUGCACCUCACUUGGCUCCUCAGUACAGAGGUGCUUCGGAAUCCGGACAUCCACCACAGGGACCCAGUGCACCAGGAUACUAAACGGUUUUGUCUAUAUAGCUCCCUUGAAAUUUGGUUUACUUUUGUGCCAUUCAGUUAGCUAUGGGACAACGAAUUUCAUAUGCAUUCAUGCCUUUAUGAUUAGCGAAAACAGGAGAGCGUAACCUUGGCUCCUAAGGUCGUCUGUGGCAUUUGUCUCCUUCGUUAUAAACACGAAGCACCUCAUCGAAAAUACGGCUUGACUCUACAGACAUAAACUUGCAGCUAUCAAAGGCGGUCAGUUGUGAUGUAAAGGAUAACAUACCAUACUAUAAAUUAUUAAUAGAAGGCGUAGAGCUUUCUUGUAUCUUCCAUUGGGCGAACUCAAAGCUGUGUAUCCGUACCAGCUGUAACAGAAUUCAAACAUACUUCUUGACUUUUACAUAACCACAGAGCGAUUUUACAGCUUCGUUCAUAAACCAGUGCUCGGUUUGAUCAGUAAAUAGAUGAUGCAUGCAAUUUAGUUAAUGAAAGAGAAAAUAGGAUCAUUCUGAGAAACAAGAG